CUAGGAGAGGCUUUGGCUCUCCCUCCACUUAAGCUUCGCUGAGGGAAGGGUUAAGGCUUCCUGCUACCUGAACUCUCUCUGUCGAAUGGUAGCCACAGAGGAGACAUGACGGGGAAGAAGUCCUCGCGGGAGAAACGACGCAAACGGGGCCGGUCGGAGACCGCUACGUCCACGGCGCCCAUCCCGGCAGGCGGGGAGCGACGGAAGCGGAGAAGCACUGACUCUACGAGUAUCCCACUCCCCCAGCCACAGGAAAUGAAAUGUCCGUUGCCAUCUGUGGAAAGAGAGAAAGAGAAAGAAUUAGAGGAGCCUAGUGAUAUUGAAGAAGGUGGAUUAGACCUCACUGUAUCACUAAAACCAGUUAGCUUCUACAUAGCAGAUAAAAAAGAAAUGCUUCAGCAGUGUUUCUACGUCAUAGGAGAGAAGAAAUUGCAGAAGAUGCUUCCUGAUGUCUUAAAGAAUUGUUCAAUAGAAGAAAUUAAAAAGCUCUGCCAGGACCAGUUAGAACUUCUAUCAGAAAAAAAACUCUUGAAGAUUCUUGAGGGUGAGAAUGGGAUCGACUCUGAUACCGAAGAAGAAGCAGAUGAUGGAUCUAAGAUGGGAUCAGAAUCAGUCAGUCAGCAAGACAACAGUGUAGAUUCUACUUCAUCCUUGAGGGAGAACAAGCAGCCUGAAGGUUUGGAAUUAAAACAAGGCAAAGGUGAAGAUAGCGAUGUACUCAGUAUCAAUGCUGAUGCAUAUGACAGUGACAUAGAAGGACCAUGCAAUGAAGAAGCAGCUGUGCCAGAUGUACCAGAAAAUGUCAAAAGUGAAGCUGGUCAAAUAGAUGACCUCCAGAAGGACAUUGAGAAAAGUGUGAAUGAAAUACUGGGACUGGCAGAAUCUAGCCCAAAGGAGUCUAAAGCAGCAACACUGACUGUCCCUCCCUCAGAAGAUGUUCAGCCUUCAGCACAGCAGCUGGAGCUCUUGGAACUUGAAAUGAGGGCUAGGGCAAUUAAGGCCCUGAUGAAAGCUGGUGAUGUUAAAAAAAUAGCUUAAAGUUAUUUCAUUUUAAUAAGCUUUUAUGUUUCCUUGAAGGGAAUAA